CCGACGCCCUCAAACGCAGCAUUAACCCCAUAUCGCAGCCACAGGGAAGCGGACAGAUCACAGUUCCGCUUCAGACUCGUCCAAACAAACGAGCCCACUACGGCAACGAUGCGGGUUUUUGUCCUCUUCGUUGUCUUUUGCACGACUUUAGCGGAAGACGUUAAAUUAACGUACAAACCGUCCACCACACCUGUCCGACUGUUCACUGAGGAGGAGCUGAAGAGAUACGACGGCAGGGAGGAGGGACAGCCUAUUUACAUGGCAGUAAAAGGAGUUGUGUUUGAUGUCACCAAGGGAAAAGAGUUUUAUGGAAAAGACGCACCGUACAACGCCCUGGUUGGUAAGGACUCCACUCGGGCCGUGGCCAAGAUGUCUCUGGACCCAGCAGACCUGACCUCAGAUACUACGGGCCUCGAUGAGGAGCAGCUGGAGUCUCUGGACAGCGUCUUUGAAGGCACGUACAAAAGAAAGUAUCCGAUUGUGGGCUACACAGCGUCGCGCAUCCUCAACGAGGACGGGAGUCCCAACGAAGACUUCAAACCAGAGGACCAGCCGCAUUUUCAAAUUAAAGAUGAGUUUUAACCUCAAUUUUACCUCUUUGUAAAGUAUAGCUGUGCAAAAAUCAUGGAUCAGUGAAGGAAAUCAGGUGCAAGAGAAGAACAAAAUACACAUGAUAGAAUACUUUUUAUUUACUUGAACUAAAUGUUUACAUAUUCUUCAUCAUCUGUGAGAGCUUUAAUAUGCAGAAACAUAUUACAUAAAUGAAAUAAAUCACUUUUUAUAAACAUAAGAAAAUACAGAGUGAAAUCAUCCAGUUGACAUGUUCAAAACCAGCUGUUUUCUACAAAAAAAGUUUCAUAACUAUGUUUUAAAAUUCCAUCCACACCUUCUCUGAAAAACAGGAUCUGCAAAUAUUGUUUCACUCUGAAAGUUUAACGACUGGUGACAAAAUGUCUCUGCAAACUCUGCACGUACAUCAUUCAACACAGUGAAGCUCCAGCGUCAAAUAUGAAGUGAUGAUGAGUGAAAUACAGUUUUAAAUGUGCUUAUUUUGUCCAACCAGCAGUUCAAAACCCAAAGACUCUUCGUUUACUGCCAGAAAUGACAAAGACAAGCAGCAAAUCCUCAAAUUUCAGAAGCUUUAACCUCCAAAUGUUUGAUAUUUUUGCAUGAAAAAUGACUGAAAUGAUUAUCUACAUAGUGUAGCAUUGUACGUGGUGAUUGUAUGAGUCCUCUGCAUUUCUCAGAGUGAUAAGAACAAAUGAUUUUUAAUGAAUUAAUAUAAAAAAUGUUGAUUUACUUUGACAGAAAGCCUCUAAAACUCUAAUGAAAUGCCGUUUUAAUGUCUUCAAAUGUCUCUUUCUGUGAAAUCUGCGAAGCUGGAGCUGCAAAAUAUUGAGAUGACUUGUUAUUUUCAAUUGUUGCAGGAUAAAUAUUUGUCAGUUAAUUGUUCAUUCCAACAUUUAUAUAAUUAAAAACCAGUGAAUCUGCAGCCGUGUGGAUGUUUACAUGAUCAGAUUUGGUCUCUUUGUUUUCUGUCUGAUGUUGUAUUUGUAUGAUCAUCAUUAAAGUGUGUAAACAUGAAA